UGGUCGGCCAAUCAGAGCCGGCCGCUCCGCGUCGGUCCAAUCAGAAGGCUCUGGGCUCGGAGUGAGAGUUCGGUUGUUCAAUCUGAGUGAGUGAGGAGGACAACAAUCAGCUCCGAGUGCACCGUGCAAACGAUGGUGGGGAUGGAUGGUCCUGUGAAUGUCUGUGAGGACAGUGGGCAUGGCUGAUCAGGCUGAAUGUCAUUAAGUUCAUAGCAGAUGUAGUGAUGUAUUGUCCCAAAUCUGAUCAGUCAAACAGGUUUAACAAAUGAGUUGCUGCUUGGCUCUGGGACUUGUGUCCUACUACUGAGGCCACAUGUGUAUCUGGAGAGAUGGAUCGCUGUAAGCACGUGGGGCGCCUUCGUCUUGGCCACGACCAUUCCAUACUCAAUCCACAAAAAUGGCGCUGUGUGGACUGCAGCACCACCGAUUCAGUGUGGGCCUGCCUCAAGUGUUCCCAUGUGGCCUGUGGACGUUUUAUGGAGGAGCACUCACUGAAACACUUUCAGGAGUCGCACCACCCACUAGCUAUGGAGGUGCGGGAGCUGGAUGUGUUCUGCUUUGCCUGUGGAGACUAUGUACUCAAUGAUAAUGCAGAGGGAGACCUCAAACUCCUCAGAGGGGCUCUCUCUACCGUUCGCAGCCCAGGUAGACGCUCACUACGCUCCUCUGCAGGUGGAGAGGGCACCCCAUGGGUCGGGGAAGGCGGGCCACAGCCUGCCAUGCAGUUGGCCUUGCGGCACAGGAGGAAAACGCUCCUGGGCAAGAUGCUUCGCAGGUGGAUGAGCAAACACCAUGAACUGCAGAGUCAGCGUGAGCAGAAACUCGAGGAAGAAAAGGAGGAAGCUAGACGACAAAAGAAGGAAGUGAAAAAGAGACUAAUGGAAGAGCUUAGCAAUGUUCCUCCCAGAAAGAGUGCUAGGCUCCUUACUCAGGCGCCGCGUUCAACCAUCACACUCAUUCCUCGCAAAUUUCGUGACCCUCCAGAACGCCUACCUCCUCCUCCCAAGAAGCCUCCUCUUCUAACCCUGUCCCGUAAGACUCCUCAGAAUGGCAGAGCUGGUAAACUGAGGAGGUACUACUCAACUCAUACACGCAGGAGACUUGCCCCAGGUGUCACUGGUCUGCGCAACUUGGGGAACACGUGCUACAUGAACUCUAUAUUGCAGGUGUUGAGCCACCUGCAGAAAUUCAGGGAGUGUUUUCUCACUUUAGACUUGUGUGAGACUGAGGAGCUGCUGGCCAAGACCAAUCACUCCCAGGGAGUGAAAGGUGUUGUCAGCAGUGGCAGUGCAGCUCUGUCAGGGUGCCCUCUUGGACGCAUGGGUAAGACAGGCUGCAUGGAUUUGCCAGUGGGCAAAAGAGAAAGCGCCCCCCCUUCACUGCAUGCUGCAGAGCUGGUCCAACCCAAGGAGUCUCGCUGCUCUACCCGCCAGCAGAUGUCUCUGUGCCAUGAGUUGCAUACACUUUUCAGGGUCAUGUGGUCAGGCCGAUGGUCUUUGGUGUCUCCCUUCGCCAUGCUGCACUCUGUGUGGAACCUGAUCCCAGCUUUCCGUGGGUAUGACCAGCAGGAUGCCCAGGAGUUCCUGUGUGAGCUGCUGGACAAGGUGCAGCAGGAGCUGGAGACAGAGGGAUCCAAACGCAGGAUAGUCAUCCCCAUCACCCAGAGGAAACUUUCCAAGCAAGUGCUAAAGGUUCUCAACACCAUUUUUCAUGGGCAGCUACUCAGCCAGGUGACCUGUCUGUCCUGUAAGCACAAGUCCAACACAGUUGAGCCAUUCUGGGAUCUGUCUCUGGAAUUUCCAGAGCGUUAUCACAGCAUAGACAAAGGCUCAGGCUCUGCAGCUUACCAGCGCAGUUGUACCCUCACUGAGAUGCUCGCCAAGUUUACGGAGACAGAGGCCCUUGAAGGCAGCAUCUAUGCCUGCAACCACUGCAACAAAAGAAGACGGAAAACAUCCCACAAACCCUUAGUUCUGUCAGAGGCAUGUAAGCAGCUUCUGAUCUACCGUUUACCUCAGGUUCUACGGCUGCACCUCAAACGCUUCAGAUGGUCUGGGCGGAACCAUAGAGAAAAGAUAGGCGUCCAUGUGGCCUUUGACCAGGUUCUGAACAUCAAACCCUACUGCUGCACAGGCUCAGGUCACUCUGUCCAUAGAGGGGGCUACACCUACGACCUGUCUGCUGUAGUUAUGCAUCAUGGUAAAGGCUUUGGCUCAGGGCACUACACCGCAUACUGCUACAAUACAGAAGGAGGUUUCUGGGUCCACUGUAAUGACUCUGAGAUGAACGUUUGCAGUGUGGAGGAAGUGUGCAACACUCAGGCCUAUAUUCUCUUCUAUACCCAGAGGUCCGCCUAGGCCCCUCUCUCUGUGAUGUCGACCUCAACACAAUCACCCAGGGCUGCAUUUAUGAAAAUGUUCUUUGAUGUUUGGCUAGAUUUCAUUAAACAACCACUUGAAAGAAUUUUGAAAAAAAAAAAAAAAAAGACAAUGAGGGCAGUAGGGCAGCCAUACUACGUAGUCAUGGCGUAACAGAAAAUAUUAGAACAUAAUCCAGUUGAGAAAAGCAAUGAAAAUAAUAGGACGCAUGCCUUUUGGUAUGCUGCUAAAGCGCUCAUUAUUACUGAAAUGAUGGACGUCAGGUUCUGCUUAUAGGACAUCAACAUCCCUGUCUCCUAUCUGGUUGUAUCUAAGAACGUUUCAUAAAUGAGGCCACAGGUGUCUCAGCCAAGGCCUGUGAGACUUAGACUGACAUAAGGAUCUGUGGCCUGAAGACUGUGGGAGCAGGUCCAGCUCUUCUCUUCGCCUGCACCAAGUUGUAUGUCCAGGCUCUUAAAAACAAUCAGGCUCUUAUCUGUUGAGUCUGGAGACAACCGGGCGCAUUCCUGUGAGAGCAAGAGGACAUUUUACAUCGACAGGCAACAUUGAUUCUGGAGUGUGAAACAUUUUACACUACAAGGGAGUGCAAUAAUGUUGGUCAAUGAUUGCGUAUAUGUCUUAUAUAUAAAACUAUCCAUUUGAUCCCAGUUAACUACGUUUUUAGGGGAUAUUGUGCAUCUUUUGACAUCAUUGCAUAGUUCCACUCGAUGGAAACGGUUUGGAUUAGGAUAGGAGCCUCAGUAUGGCUGGCUAAAUUUAGCGAUAGUACGGACUACAUUCCAGAAUCCAUGUUGCCUCCUGUUGGGCUUUUUUAAUUCUUGUUAAGUGUCAGCCAAGGACAUUUUAGUACUCAUCCCUGUGUCAUUUGUAUUUCAUGAUGUCCUCUCCUCAAUUGUACUGCUGUGACUGAAUACUGUGUCUUAGGCUUGAGGCCCUGGUCUUGACUGUCAUGAUGAACAGAAAUACAUUUUUUAUGUUUCAUUUCCGUGAAAAAUAAGAAAAAAAGUCUGAGUUUCAGACGCUUUAUUGAUGGAAAGCUGCACUUUUGAGGAGGGGCUAACGUUGUUGGUCCUAUCUUUGUGAUUGUUCAUCUUUUAGCCCCUUUCCAUGGCAGCUCCCCCCUCCCCCUUUACCCCCUCCAGUUUAAUGGUUAGACUAGUCUGGGCCCAGGUUGGAGUAAUUGCACCUCUGUUGAACUUCAGGAGAUCAAAAAUGAGUGAAAGGGCAGACUGCGAUACUGAAGAAUGUGUUUUUGGGAGACUUGGGGCACCCAUUUUAUUCGAGUUGUGCACCUGAAAGCAAUAUAUUGUACAUCUUACAUCUUGACAGGAAAUUAAGAUAAAAUCAGGAAUUCUUCUGCUUGUUAUACAAUGUUUUUUUUCUACUCUGCUGUUUCUAUCAAGGUCUUUAGAAUUUGCUAGGUAAUCAAGAAAAACUGUUGCUGUGUUUGAUAUGAGUCAAAUGCAAAAUUCAUUUGUGAACUCCAUGUAAAAGUUGGAACAAUCUAAUGACGAUGAAUGUCUUACUUUUUAGUGGUCAGGUACGGCCCUGCCACUGGCUCUGAUCUCCUUGAGUUUUGUCUUGUACUGUAAGAAUACCUGUCAUAAAUGUAAUGGUCAUAUGGGUUUUGCCUGACAGUAAUUAUUAAAGACAAAACAAAA